AUGUAUGUACGUACAAUUCCGAACAGAUGUAUAGAAGUAGACGUAUGUACACGUGUCUAUACCGCGUCAAGAUGCAUAAAUGUGCAUACUCAUGUUCUUACUCAAAACACGCCCCUCCAGGCGAAUGAUCAUAUCAUCUACGCGGAAGACUUCUUCGAUCCGGAGACCUUUGCGGCCAUCAAGGAAGAGACCGACAGAUUAUGGAGGUCUGAAGACGUCGAGGCGAAUUGCAAUUUGGACGGCAAGAACCGACUGGGAGGCUACGUCCUGGACCACUUCCCUCGAAACUCCAGCCUUUACCGCUUGAUCUACGGCAAUGACCCUUUCCGACAAUGGGUGUCGGCCGUGAACGCCGAGGGACCCAUGUGGCCCUCCGAUUUCCCAAUCGAAGUCCGUGAGUAUGGGAGGCAAAGCAGAGGAAUGGGAUGCCAUCCGGACUUGCAGAUGUACAAGGACACCCGUGAAACUGUAGCGCAGGCAAGGGUGCAGCAGAACUGUUUGCAGGUGCCUCGCAAAGACCUGGAGUUCGCCUUCACAGUAGACAACGACUCGCGCUGCAACGUCAGCUUCUGGGACGCGGCGGGCAAGUUGCAUCUCGUCCAAACCAAGCCGAAUUCCAUCAUGAUGGUGGGCGUAAAUGCAGCGACACAUUGUGUCUCAUCAACAGAUGGUGGAACGCGCACGAUCUUGAAGUUUAUAUAUGUUGGAGAUUACAGAAAAUCCAAUGAGUUUUGGUCGUACACGACGAACGAAUGCGACGAGGACAAUCCAAAUCGCCAAAUGCUCAAUGAUCGGAGGACCCUCAGAUUACGAGAGGCUCGAUCUCUGGAACUCUGA